CUUUCUUCAAGGGACGUUGUGUGAACAGUUAGAAAUUGCACAGCAGCGUAUGCCUCUCUCUAUUAAAACAACCUCGAAUGAAUGAACAGAAAAUACGGAUUUAUUGACUCGCCUUUAUCAAAGUAAGCUUAAAUAUUGUAUAAUGUACUCGUGCCUGAACUGAGAUUUGGAUCGAUUGGCAUUGACCGUCGUUAGCGAACGCUAGCUAACUACCCUGGCUAACGUGGAUGAGAAGAAUCGCCCUGAUUCUGGUAACCACGUAUGGUAGGUAACGUUAGCUAGCGAUGUUACACUAGGUUAGGGAGCGACAUCUCCACGAGUCGUACAGAUGCUUUCUUCAUUCCACUGCUAGUAUUCCUUUUUUGUCGUGGUAAUCAGUUAGCUAUCGUUAUUAGCAGGUGACAGUUUGUAGCGAAUAACGACGUUACAAUCAAUCCAGCAACAGAUAAUGUCUCUGGUGUAGUUAGUUAGCUAGAUCAGGGUUUCCCAAACUCGGUCCUGCCCCCCACCCUGGUACACAUUUGGGUUUUUGCCAUAGCACUACACAGCUGAUUCAAAUAGCCAACUCAUCAUCAAACUUUGAUUAUUUGAACCAGCUGUGUAGUGUUAGGGCAAAAACCAAAACGUGCCUCAGGACCGAGUUUGGGAAACCCUGAGCUACGUUAGAUAGCUAAUGUUAGCGAUGCCUGACAGGAACCGUCUUAUUAAAGAGCUACUGACUGUAGCUAACGUUAGCUACCAGCACGCCAACAUUAGCAAGCAGAGUGGGUAGUUAACGUUAGUUGGCUAGUAGCGCUGUCAACCACUGGUUGAAUCACCAAAUUAGAAAUGCAGCAAGCUAGUUAGACAGGAAAGGUCAGACAGCCAUCUAACGUUAUUUAGGUAAUGUUAGCUACCUAGCUAGCUACGUUUCCACAUUUGGUGAGUUUGAAGAGAGACUGGUAAACUUCAAUUACUAGUUUCAUGUCAGACAUUUUUCCAACAGUCAAUUUUUCAGCUUCAAACUCACCAAAUUGUGACCAUGAAAUUGAUGAUCAUAUGAGCUAGCUAGCUAGUAAUAUCCAGCUAACGUUAAAUCCAGUGGCUACAUCAUCCAGCCAAGUUAGCUAAAAAGCUUGUUUAACCUACCAUCUUGUUUAUUCUGCAGUGUGUUUAAGUUACAUCAUAAGAGAUAUGUGUGGUUGCUAAGUAGUAAGACCUCAACAUUGCCAAGGAUCUACCUCCUUGCCAAAUGUUUUAAUGCAUGCAUUUGUUUGGUUUUACUGCUAUGAUCAAAGAGCAAGUGGAUAGUUGAUGAUUUGUGAGCCAACCAGAAAUUAAGCAAGUAUGGAUUGCAAGCUAGACUUCUUCAAAACAAACUGUUAUAAUGCAUUUUCACCACUCUUCCUCAGAUGUCACUUCAAAGUCCAGCAACUAUUUCAGGGGCAAUCCCAUCUCUUGUGGUUUGUUUGUAUUGCCUUUUGUGUCUAAAGGCCAUUUAUUGUCUGGUUACUGAGUAUACAAUCAAUAAUUGAACAGCUUCCGGCAAUGUGCUCAUUGAAGUGCUUUGCAGUUAGACAGCUGGACCUUUCCUGAGAGGAUUGAAUCUGUGCUCUGUAUACUAGGGACCAUGGUAGCACCCCUGACUUUGUUAAGCUUGAAAGUUGUUGUAGGGCUGGGAUCAGAUGGCCAUUCAUUCAUAGGCUUCAGAUAACACAUGCUCAGCACAUGAAUACACAGACAUUGAGUCACAUGCUCUGGCAAUACACAGUCUGACUGUACACACACUCAUUGAGGUCAUUGAUGAGUCAGUGGGUGGAGUCACUAUAGUUGCAGGAAAUACUGUAAUUUUCAAACAGACAUUCUAAAUGGAUUAUUAGGAUGAGUAGUAAAAUGACUCAUUGGUGGGCUGUGCUAAAGAGAAAUGAAUAGAAAACAGUACAAUGAUGCAACCCCAGCCAGAGAGUCUGCAAGUCCUUGGUAUUUGGUUUGGCAGAAUCUGAAUCCCUGUCGUAUUCAAGUGACCAAUCUGUCAGAAUUGGGUCACAAGGAGGAUUUCUUGAAUCCAUGGUGUCAUAGUUCAAUCUCAACAGCUCUGUCUGAGUAAUCGCGACAAUGUAAUACCGCUCAUGUAGCUGGUCACGACACACACAGCCAUACAAAUGAGGGUCGCCCAGUCCUACAAUAUGUGUUGAACACACGAUUGAAAGGGGUUAGAUGAAGUGUGUGUGCAUGAGCAAAAUAUACAUUCUUUCUGGUGUUGUAGAAGGAUUUGCCUUUCUCUAGUAGGCUGGUACCACACUGCUCCAGUCCAAUCCGAGCCCCUUCCUCAUUACCCUGAAUCAGUCCUGUCAGGUGUCUUUACAUCGGCUAAUUAGGCUUUCCACCAAGCUGGCACCAAUCCCCACAGGGCGGUCUGGAAACUCCACUGGACGUCAUUAGCAUUUUAAUACCUUCCUGGAGUAACAUCACUGUGACUGACUGGACGGACCACUUCAAGCAGCCCCCAACACUCGUGCUGUAAGUGCGUAGAACUGGUUUGUUCUGAACCUGUUUUGUUAUUUUUUUUUUGAGUUAAGUGAUUGGACUGGUUUUGCAUGGAGAGAGGCUGUAUCUAGUUCUUGCACUCAUAAUCAUAAGCUAGUAUUUCCAUUGGUGAUUUUAUUCUAACCACUCUCUUUGUAAAUCUUUGCUGUAUUGUGUAAGUGGUUUCCAUUUCCUGUCAGUGUGUUCUCAGGCUGCCUUUUCCAGACUGCCUGCCUCCAUCUCUCAGUAGCACUACUCACCAGCCCUGUCUGUCCCCUCUAGUCUCGGACCACCUGCCUAGUUCUCCAGCAGCCUGUCACCAUGCCACAUGGUCACUAUAAUGCUGUUAAUCUGGGGCUGAUCCAACCCUCUGCCGUGUGCAAAUUAGGAACACUUAGACACUCACAGGAACACCUAUUAAAGAUAGGGCUGUGACGGUCAUGGAAUUUCGGAUUACUGUUAUUGGUCAGCCAAAUGGUUAUCGUUAUACCAUUUAGAAUAGAAUCAUAAUAAUGCAAUUAAUAUGAACGCAACAAUUUCAAAGAUUUUACUGAGUUACAGUUCAUAUAAGGAAAUCAUUACGCCCCAAUCUAUGGAUUUCACAUGACUGGGCAAGUGCGCAGCCAUGGGUGGGGCUGGGAGCCAGGCACAGCCAAUCAGAAUACGUUUUUCCCCACAAAAGGGCUUUAUUACAGACACAAAUACUCCUCAAUUUCAUCAGCUGUCCGGGUUGCUGGUCUCCGACGAUCCCGCAGGUGAAGAAGCCGGAUGUGGAGGUCCUGCGCUGCUGUGGUUACCUGUGGUCUGCGGUUGUGAGGCCGGUUGGACAUACUGCUAAAUUCUCUAAAAUGACAUUGGAGGCAGCUUAUGGUUAGAGAAAUUAACAUUAAAUUCUCCGGCAACAGCUCUGGUGGACAUUCCUGCAGUCAGCAUGCCAAUUACACGCUCCCUCAAAAUCUCUGGCAUUGUCUGACAAAACUGCACAUUUUAGGGUGGCCUUUUAUUGUCCCCAGCGCAAGGUGCCUUUGUAAUGAUCAUGCUGUUUAAUCAGCUUGUUGAUAUGCCACACCUGUCAGGUGGAUGGAUUAUCUUGGCAAAGGAGAAAUGCUCACUAAUAGGCAUGCAAACAAAUAUGUGCACAACAUUUGAGAGAAAUACGCUUUUUGUACGUAUGGAACAUUUCUGGGAUCUUUUAUUUUACAUGUUUCGUUUUAUAUUUUUGUUCAGUAUAAAUUUUUUGUUGACCAAAUUCGACACUCAUUGAUCUCAUACAAAAAUUAUUUAUUAUUUUUGUGGACAGAUUUUGGGCGACGUAAAACCUCCUGCUUCGCCUCUUUCUCUGUUACAAACCAUGAUGACAGAGAGGAUUAAAUGACACUGGGUCACAUGAUUCAGUGUCAUUUAUCUGGCCUCAUUUUAACUGGCUGCUGGCCCAUUUGGUAUGAAAAUAUAUGCACUCACUAACUGUUAAUUGCUCUGGAUAAGAGUGUCUGCUAAAUGACUUAAAUGUAAAUGUCAUCAUAUACACUGCUCAAAAAAAUAAAGGGAACACUUAAACAACACAAUGUAACUCCAAGUCAAUCACACUUCUGUGAAAACAAACUGUCCACUUAGGAAGCAACACUGAUUGACAAUAAAUGUCACAUGCUGUUGUGCAAGUGGAAUAGACAACAGGUGGAAAUUAUAGGCAAUUAGCAAGACACUCUCAAUAAAGGACUGGUUUUGCAGGUGGUGACCACAGACCACUUCUCAGUUCCUAUGCUUCCUGGCUGAUGUUUUGGUCACUUUUGAAUGCUGGCGGUGCUUUCACUCUAGUGGUAGCAUGAGACUGAGUUUACAACACACACAAGUGGCUCAGGUAGUGCAGCUCAUCCAGGAUGGCAUAUCAAUGCGAGCUGUGGCAAGAAGGUUUGCUGUGUCUGUCAGCGUAGUGUCCAGAGCAUGGAGGCGCUACCAGGAGAGGUGGAGGAGGCCGUAGGAGGGCAACAACCCAGCAGCAGGACCGCUACCUCCGCCUUUGUGCAAGGAGGAGCAGAAGGAGCACUGCCAGAGCCCUGCAAAAUGACCUCCAGCAGGCCACAAAUGUGCAUGUCUGCUCAAACGGUCAGAAACAGACUCCAUGAGGGUGGUAUGAGGGCCCGACGUCCACAGGUGGGGGUUGUGCUUACAGCCCAACACCGUGCAGGACGUUUGGCAUUUGCCAGAGAACACCAAGAUUGGCAAAUUUGCCACUGGCGCCAUGUGCUCUUCACAGAUGAAAGCAGGUUCACACUGGGCACGUGACAGACGUGACAGAGUCUGGAGACGCCGUGGAGAACGUUCUGCUGCCUGCAACAUCCUCCAGCAUGACCGGUUUGGCGGUGGGUCAGUCAUGGUGUGGGGUUGGCAUUUCUUUGGGGGGCCGCACAGCCCUCCAUGUGCUCGCCAGAGGUAGCCUGACUGCCAUUAGGUACCGAGAUGAGAUCCUCAGACCCCUUGUGAGACCAUAUGCUGGUGCGGUUGGCCCUGGGUUCCUCCUAAUGCAAGACAAUGCUAGACCUCAUGUGGCUGGAGUGUGUCAGCAGUUCCUGCAAGAGGAAGGCAUUGAUGCUAUGGACUGGCCCGCCCGUUCCCCAGAUCUGAAUCCAAUUGAGCACAUCUGGGACAUCAUGUCUCGUUCCAUCCACCAACGCCCCAUUGCACGACAGACUGUCCAGGAGUUGGUGGAUGCUUUAGUCCAGGUCUGGGAGGAGAUCCCUCAGGAGACCAUCCGCCACCUCAUCAGGAGCAUGCCCAGGCGUUGUAGGGAGGUCAUACAGGCACGUGGAGGCCAAACACACUACUGAGCCUCAUUUUGACUUGUUUUAAGGACAUUACAUCAAAGUUGGAUCAGCCUGUAGUGUGGUUUUCCACUUUAAUUUUGAGGGUGACUCCAAAUCCAGACCUCCAUGGGUUGAUACAUUUGAUUUCCAUUGAUCAUUUUUGUGUGAUUUUGUUGUCAGCACAUUCAACUAUGUAAAGAAAAAAGUAUUUAAUUAGAUUAUUUCAUUCAUUCAGAUCUAGGAUGUGUUAUUUUAGUGUUCCCUUUUAUUUUUUUGAACAGUGUAUGUCUCACACACAUGCUGAUAGAGCUUGAGUGCGUCUUGGGGCAUUCACUGCAUUGCUUUUACCGAGUGAUCCAAUUUAGGUUAACGUGAUGAUCAUCAACAUGUUGACAGUGCUGUUACUGCUCUAAUGGAUGUUAAGUGCUUUCAGAGCAGGAGAAACCCCAUGAGCCCCACAGAGAAAAAACCCUUUGCCUACUCUCCUAACACCUUUCGCUUUCAUCAGUGCAUCAUGGACUGCUCCCCAUCAGUUAUAAUCAACAAUAGACUGUAAAACUACUUUGUUUCUGAUUUAAAGUCCAGUUUUAUAAUCCCCUCAUAUGUAUUAACAUAUCUUGGGCCAGAUAGGUUUAGCAUUGAAUGCAAAGUAGAGGUGUGAUUCACAGACACAUUCACUAGCACUACUCAUGUUAUCGGAUAUCGAAGUGCUCAGUGUUUUCUCUGGUGAACAGGGGCAUGAUGUUUGUCACUUCUGAUGCCAGCCCUGGAUAUCUGAUACCAUCAAUGAGACCAGUGGAUGGAUAGUAGGGUUGGCACUGCCCCACAGGAGCAGAGGUCCCAGACAGCUUAGUUUAUCUACCCCAUAAUCACCUCUGGGCAGUCAGCCCAUGGUGAAGGGCAGGGCAAGCAUGGUUCAGUAGUACAAAUCACAGCAGGACUGGACAGAGCCUUUCUGCCAAUAGUAUUAAUAAUAGGCAGUUCUACAGCAUUAGUGCUUAAAAACAGCACUUCCUCUGUUAUUGGUGUUACUGAUGGAUUAUGACCAGAUUAUGGCCUUUUCUCUGUAAUUUGUUUGGUGAGGGAGUAGGCUGUCUGGACAGUGUACGCAUGUUUGUGUGGUACACUAGCGAAUGCGUACCAGCCUCAUAGACAUGGGGAUCAAGAUGCUUGUAGUGCUCAGAAGAACGUGACAACACGGAACACGCCACAUUAAUGAACUUGUCGGACUCUUGUGUGUCUAUGCUGGGCAUUUUGAGGAAUGGGUCUCGUUCUCAGGGAAUAAAGGUGUCCCUUUGUCCUCGGCUGGCGCCGGGCCCAGAGCUGAGGCGGUUGCUGCUAUUAGAGCAACGUGUGAGACAGAGCUUCCCUCUGUGGCCACUGGAUUCCACAGGCCUGUUUGUGUGCAUUGGUGACAUUUUAAUGUUGGAUUAAAUGGAGCCACUUGUCAUUUGUUGAUGACCGAUCUCAUGUCUACACUUCCCUGUUGAUAUAAACAAAAUAUCUUGAAGGAUGUUUGGUCACACUAACAUUAACCUAUAUAGGCCAGGCAUGACCUUUUUAUUCAUUUCCGGUGAAUCAACCGUGAAAUGGACCUAGACAAACCCAUGUAAUUACCCUGUCCUUGUAUUAAAGUAUGUAGGUUGUUCCCUACAGUUGCCGGUAAUAGUGUUACAAACUUUUUUUUUCAUUCAGCCUGUGACUGUGUGUUUAGUCAUGUGUGGGAGUAUGUGAAUGUGGUAACUGGACCAGUCCAGUGUAAUUUAUUUUCUCUCUCUCGUUCUCUCUUAUUUUCUUUCAUAGCUUGUUCUCCAUCUUUUUAAAUAGGGAGCCAAUUUGUUUUCAGCACUUUUAUUUCCAUGACUGAUCAGAACUUGUUCUCAUGGCUCUCUUGUCCCUCUUCAGCGGACAUAUGGUGAGCAAUAUGUUUGGAACAUCGAAUCACAGUAUCAAAUUGCAAUUGAUAUAGAAUCGUAAUACUGGCAAUUCCCAGCCCUAGUUUAAAUGGCAUCUUAUUUCUUACAAAAGGGCCAACCUCUCCUAUAGUUUGAAUUUUUAUAUCUAGCAGCAGCAUAUGCCCUGCCUGACCCAGUUUAUGGGUACUCUUUGGGGUUUUAUUAUGGUAAUUACAUCUCUGUUACACUGAGCAACCCUCCAAUCAGCCACUGAUGACAGGAACAGGGGCCAGGUCCACCCUCAAGCACUAGGCUAGAGUGAAAUCCCUGCUCUUGAGUCAGACCUAUUAUUUCUCUUGUUGGUAAUUCCCUCUUUGACUCCUCUUGGAAAUGUUUGCAGUAAGAUCAGCCCGGGGAGUGUGUCAUGAUUGUUUGUCAGGGCGUUAUUGGUAUCUCCAGGGGAAAUGAGUAGGCUUAUUCAGGGUUUUUUCUAGAUCAAAAAGGGGCUUAAGUAGUAGGCUUGGCAGGGGUGUGGCAAUGGGCACGGUUGAAUUUGAGAGAAUUCUACCGUGCCCAUCUUUCCUGCAAUUCUCGGAAUUUCUCCAUUGAGCCGAGAUACAUUUUUGCGGUUUUAAAGUUCAUUCUGUGCAAUUCUACACAUUUUGCCAUGAGCUGAUAGAAAAUGUUGCAGUUUUAGAGCAAAUUUCCAUUCUGCCAUGGAGUUUUAAAGAUAAUUUCCUGCAAUUCUAUGCAUUUUGCCAUGGCUAAUGCUGUGUUCUUUUGCUCAAACUUAAUAACAAAACCAAUACUGGUAAAUUCAUUGUCUUGGGAAUUUUCAAUUCCCCUGACUGUCUAGCUUUUAUUUUGGUGAUUGUUUGUUCUCAAAGAUUCUAUUAUUUAAAAAAAUAUAUAUAUAUUUUCUACAUACUUUAUAUCUGGUUUUAGUCAUUUAAGUUUGCACUUAAAGCGUUUUUCUGUUUUUUUUGUACAGUUUGGACUUAGGCAGCCCACCCAAGGGUUUCUAUGGCAGAAAAUUCCAUGUUAUUCAUUCACACUAUCAAGCUAUCUGCCCAGUUAAUCAGGAGUCAAUGAUCAACGGUUCCCUGCACCAAAUCCCUAUAUGCAACGUAAUGCCCACACAAACACCUGGAAUAAAUGAGGUUAGGUAGAAAACAAGGCAAAGGGAAGAAAGACCAUAGUUGCCUGCAGCUUACAGACUCUACUUCGUCAUUACCAUAUUUCACGGUUAGUAACAGUCUGAUUUUAAGUGUUCUGAGCCAUUGGAACUAUCCUGUUACUUCUUCCAUAAUGUUGAAUGGUGUGUUUCCAUUGGACACAGAAUGUGUCAGACUUUCCCCACUUUAUAGUCCCUUGGGAAAGAUGAUUGGGAGGGUAGGCAGUAGGCACUACUAGGCAGGUAAGGGACUCCCAUAGGUACAGACUGACUGACGUCAAUGGAACUGAAACAGCAGGUUUACAGGAAACAUGGAGGUGUGUGCGUGUUAGGCAUGGGAAAAUAUGUUUAGGAAAAGUUUGUUUUUUAUUUUGCUUUAGAGCAGGCUACUCUUUUUAGUGGCAUUUGAUGUCAGCAACAACCUUUUAGGCCUCAGGCGGUCUUUGUGACCUGCCCUGUUCUUUUACAGCUCCAUUUAGCUGUUGUGGUGGUUCAGCUGGCACAACUUUAACUUCCUGCUUUGUCCUCGUUCAGGUUUCAUCUAAUGGCACUUCCUUUCCUUCCUCUAUCCCAGCACUCCCUAGGUGUGUAAGCAGCUCCUGUAAGAAGGCCCCACCACCGGUCCCUCCGCGCACCACCUCCAAGCCCUACAUCUCUGUGACGGUGCAGAGCAGCACUGAGUCAGCCCAGGACACAUACCUGGACCAACAGGACCGCCGCAGCGAGGCCAACAGCCAAUCAGGACGCAGCAACUCCUCCGAUAGCCUCUGCAGCCUGCGUACAGGCAGCCUGGCCAAGGGCUCUCAGCCCCGGGCCCCAGCCCCCGUCGCUGCUCCUGUCCCUGCCCCGAGGGACUACCACCCACCUCCCUCCUUCAGCACCACCACAAGUACCGGCACCCAGGUCGAGCCCCAGAAUGACACUCUAAACCCAGGCCCCAGCCUCACUCCAGACCAGUCCCUAACCCUUCCAGAGCCUGUUCCCACAAAGAGGAAGCUUUCGUCUAUCGGCAUCCAGGUGAGCCCAGGAAUCAAUUUUCUAAAUUGACUGGUAGUUCAGCUUUUAAUGUCUGUAAUGCACUGUAAUCUGUAGGGAGGAUGCUUAGAAUGACUCAUUCAUUGUAAUGGUUGACUCAUAGGUGGACUGCGUUCAGCCAAUCCAGAGAGAGGAUCAACCUCCCCCCUCGACCAAGUUCCAGUCUAUUGGAGUGCAAGUGGAGAACGGCAGGCCGUAAGUCAAAUCCUUAUCAACACAAGAUCAUUAUCUCAAUCAGCUGAUCACUCAAUCAGCUGUUCACAGCCAGUAAUAGUCAUUUAUGAUUUUCUAGGGAUUUAACGAUUCACCUAUAUGCAUCAGUCCCGAUUCAAAUGUUUAAGAUGCAAGUGCAGUGGUCCACAGAUGCCAAACCGAUGAAAAUUUUAGCUUGCAUUGGUCAGAAAACCGUUUCAAACAUUUCAAAUUGCGGGUUCACUAAAAUGUUUUGCUCAUAUUAUUUCCGAAAAUACCUCAAAUUUUUGGUGCCAACUGAUGCGUCCUCUGUCAGUGUCGAACUGCAUGUAACUGCGUUGACAGUCAUUGAUCUAAAAGUCAUUUUGCAUGCGUGCCGAAUAACCCCAGGCAAUAUCAGUAGUCUAGUCAAACUGUGUCCAGUUUCGCCCGCUGACCGACGCGAGGUAGGUGGCCUUUUCCUGAUAUUUCACAUCUGCAUGACACCUUCAGCAUUCAAAUGGUAAAAUGGCUUGUGUGAUACAGUAUUAUAAUAAUAAAUAUAAUAUGCCAUUUAGCAGAUGCUUUUAUCCAAAGCGACUUACAGUCAUGCGUGCAUACAUUUUUGUGUAUGGGUGGUCCCGGGGAUCGAACCCACUACCUUGGCGUUACAAGCGCCGUGCUCUACCAGCUGAGCUAUUAGGCUUUAUUAGUUGAGUGACAACCUAUGUCAUUUGCUAGGUUAUUGUUAUCUAUGCGCUGGUGAAAAUGUUGUUUUACCGGAAUAAAAAUAAGCUACUGGAGACCAGGGGUUGGAACCGACUCAGGGAACAGAACGGAAAACCGGAACAUAAUUACAUUUUUCCAGAACCAGGAACGAAAGUGAUAUAUACUGUUCCGGAACAGAACUGUUUUAAAAGCAUGGGAACCGGGCAUUUUUUUCCCAGUUCCACAAAAAAGACAAAGUGCCUAUGCAAAGCCCUCUCUCACUCAGAAACGUUGUCUGCCUGCCAGCUGAAAAUCUUCACCUGUGUGUGUGUGUGUAGGUAACCUGCCCCCCGUUUUUUUUUUAUUUUUUUACAAUCAGUGUAUAUGGUCAUUUUUAGAUAUACAGGGUUGAUAUUUUCAUAACGAGGCACACUGCAUGGCCAAAGCGAGAGAAGAUAUUUCCAAACAGUCAAAACCAUUCAAUUUUUAAGAUAGGGAGUGAGAUCCAAAGUUGUUGUAUAUAUUAAUUGGCUAUGUCAUAGCUAAUUUGUAAACUAAAAAAUAUUGAUACGUUACUAGCUAGUGCUGAGCGAUUAACCAAAAUUAUAUUUCGUUCAUUUUUUUGUUGGUGCUGUGAGCGCAAUGCGCACAUUGCACAGCUUCUCUAUAGAUAAAUCAGCCUGAACUGUGGGAUGUUGUAGUUUCCAACCGCCCAAUAUUCUACAUAGUUUAGCGCAUAAAAUGUGGGAAUUAACUACAAUGACCAUAAUCCAUUGCGCAUCUACUUGUCCUGUUUUUUUAUUUUGUGCCUGCUGCGAAAGAGACAAGAAUGCGCGUGAGGGGAUAUAGAGAGCAGAUGUUUCUUCAUGAGGUAUCUCUACAUGAAAAUACAUGAUCUAAGUGAUUGAUAGUUGGUAUUCAGCAGUCCAUAAAAGUAUGCCUUAUUUACUUUGAAGAACUACUAAAAUAGUGAUUCUGUCAGACAGCAUAGACAGCAGCUCUAUAGAGAUGAGAUGAUGACCUGGAAUGAAAUAAUAGUCAUCAAAUGAAACAAAUGUAAUAUACACAACAACUGAAAUAUUUUAUUAAAGUAAUGUGAAUCAAUUAUGGUUAAUAAGUGAUAAGCAAUAAUGGGCAGUCAGUACCAUGUGUUACAGCAUUCAACCCAAAUUAUUGUCAUUUAUUUAUUUGAUAAUCGAACCGAAACCAAACCGACCUCAAAAGGCACUAAUCGCUCAGCACAUUACUAACUCAAACACUUAAUCUGCAGAAAUGACAAGUUAAUUAGUGGGUGCUGGUGAUAUCAGUACCAAAGUGGGGAGAGAGAGAAAACAUAGGCAACAUUGCCCCCCUCUCCCUAAUCUGAUAGUGGUAUAUGUCUAGUCUCCCUUAUGGCUCAGAUCAGGAGCCUACACAGUACAUACACCAUAGACAUACAUCAUUUAUACACACACACACACUAGGGCCGGGACGAUACCAGUAUCGCGAUACGCGUUAGUAAUGUGGCAACGAAACAAAACACGAAGAGGAUUUUACUUCUUUAGGAAAACAGCCCUAAUGUUGAAAACAAAUAUUAUGUUUCCAAGCUAUAGCACACAAUAUUUUACAUACAUUAGGUUCUUAAAGGACCGAAGAGUAAAGGCCGCUUCGUGUUUUCAUUUUUGCCAUGGAAAGAAUAUUGCAAUACUGGUAUCGUCACAGCCCUAACACACACACACACACACACACACACACAGACAGACACACACACAGAUCCAGCUCAGAGAGGCCCUGCUCAUGAGCUCCAUCAGCAGCAGAUUAGAAAGUUGAAUGAAAAAUGAAUGCGUUUAUACAACAGAUGUUAGUGCAUCGAAUCGUAUUGCAUCGAACCGUAACGCAUCGAUUCGUUCUCUAAUCAAACCGAAUAGUUUCAAACUAAAACGUAUCGUUCCUGUAUCAUAUCGGAGCCCAUGUAUCUAGAUGUGUAUCGAAUCAUCUUGAAAGGGAAAGAUGCACAUCCCACAUUUUCACAUUGGAGACCUUGAUGUUUUCAGAAACAUUUCCUUCACAAUCUCUAAAUUUAACUGCUUCACAUUUCUGUGUUUGUGCAUCUCCUGCUGUGUUCAGCCGUUACUCCAUCCAUCCAUCCAUCCAUCCAUCCACACCCUCUGUGAUCCCUGUUUCCUCCCUCCCGCCCUGGCAUGGCUUCAGCCUGUUUGGUCCAGGCAGUUACCAAGGUCACUCAGCAGUCACUCUGUGAGCUAGUGCUGGCAGCAAUAGCAGCGUUAGUGUAGCACCUCUCUCUCUCUCUCUCUCUCUCUCUCUCUCUCUCGGUCUGUCUCAUUGAUGGCCUGUUUCUCUUGUUUUGGCUACAGUGGAGGAGGCAGAGUGCUGUGAAGAAUUUCCCAUUUAAAAAGCCUAGUGCAGAGUAAUUCCCCCUAAUCACAUUGGUUGGACUGUAUUGCCCACUUUGUCUGUUCUCCCUAUCGCUGAACGCUGUAAUCCAUCUGCCUUUUAUCUCGUCCUGCCCCCCCCCACCUCUCUCUCUCCCUAUCCAUCUCUCUCUCCCUCGCCCCCCCCACCUCUCUCUCUCUCCCCUAUCCAUCUCUCUCUCCCUCGCCCCCCCCCACCUCUCUCUCUCCCUAUCCAUCUCUCUCUCCCUCGCCCCCCCCCCCACCUCUCUCUCUCUCCCGAUCCAUCUCUCUCUCCCUUGCCCCCCCACCUCUCUCUCUCUCCUCUCCCUCGCCCCCCCACCUCUCUCUCUCCCUAUCCAUCUCUCUCUUCCUCGCCCCCCCCACCUCUCUCUCUCCCUAUCAUCUCUCUCUCCCUCGCCCCCCACCUCUCUCUCUCUCCCUCGCCCCCCCCACCUCUCUCUCUCCCUAUCCAUCUCUCUCUCCAUUUUCUCAUCAUGCUGUCUCUGCUUUUCUCUUAGCCUCUGCAGUAAAAGCAAUGUCCUAUAUCUAUCAGUCAAACUCCACUUCAUAAUGAUGGCUUACUGUAUGCCUGUUGUUGGGAGAGGAAGUCUGACCUAGAACUAAUGACUUCAUACAAACUGUCCUUGGGCUAUGUAUUAACAUAGUGUGUCAGUGUUCCAGUAAUCUCUAGACCACAGUAGUCAGAGAUUGGGGCAGUGAUUUGUGGUCGUCAGACCCCAAGGUCAACGUUUUUACAUCCAUAGUAAAUGAUCUCCGAACUGGACCAAUACUAAUUUGUGUGUGUGUCCAUCCAGACUCAGCCGGGCCAGCAGCAUGGCCUCCAGACAGAACACUGAGACAGAGCCUCAGGACUCUCAACAAGACGCCCAUCCCUCAGAAAACAACGGUAGAGCCAACUGCAACAGCCAGCUGCUAGAUCCUGCCCCCGCUGCCUCCAACGGUGAGGACAGCGCGGUGGCGCGGCAGCUCCCCAAACAUGCCCCAGUCCCAACCAGAGCGUCCGCCUCCCUCCCAGAGAGAAUGGACCCGGCCCUGGACCCCUCCUCCCUGCCCCCUCCAGACCCCAGCUUGGGGAGUGGCAAUGGCAGUGCCCAGGGAGAUGCAGCCCAGCCCGGCACGCCCACCUGCCUCCGGGACGGCAACUGGUUCCUCAAACUACUACAGGCUGAGACAGCACGCAUGGAGGGCUGGUGUCAACAGAUGGAGCAGGAGACCAAAGACAAGGACAUCUCAGAGGAGGGUAAGACACUACACCAUACUCACUCUAACCAGCUAAAUGUAUACGAGACCGUAGACUAUACUCACUCUGAUAGGCAUAGAGGUUUUUCAAAGAAUAAGAGACAGUCUAUCAUACUCACUCUAUACAUUAGACCUCUAUACAUUAGACAGAGAUACAAUCUUCUAUCAGUGAAUACCCUGUCAGUUCUCUGACAUGUGGAAUUGGUAUUGAAAUGAUGAUGUCCCUGAAGCCCUAAGACAACAGACAGUCCAUACCAGCUCCUGUCUGCUGUGGAGAUUGGAGAGGGCAGGACAGGCUCAUUAAUGCUAAUAGUUAGUGGCUGACGCUGCUCAUUACCUCCUUCAGUCUAAUAGUACUACUGCAGACGGCCUCUUUGAUCCUCCAUGAUCUGCCUCAGCCAGGCAGAUAGAUAAUAUACCUCUGUGUCAGGCAGAUAGAUAAUACAGUGGGGAGAACAAGUAUUUGAUACACUGCCGAUUUUGCAGGUUUUCCUACUUACAAAGCAUGUAGAGGUCUGUAAUUUUUAUCAUAGGUACACUUCAACUGUGAGAGACGGAAUCUAAAACAAAAAUCCAGAAAAUCACAUUGUAUGAAUUUUAAGUAAUUAAUUUGCAUUUUAUUGCAUGACAUAAGUAUUUGAUCACCUACCAACCAGUAAGAAUUCCGGCUCUCACAGACCUGUUAGUUUUUCUUUAAGAAGCCCUCCUGUUCUCCACUCAUUACCUGUAUUAACUGCACCUGUUUGAACUCGUUACCUGUAUAAAAGACACCUGUCCACACACUCAAUCAAACAGACUCCAACCUCUCCACAAUGGCCAAGACCGGAGAGCUGUGUAAGGACAUCAGGGAUAAAAUUGUAGACCUGCACAAGGCUGGGAUGGGCUACAGGACAAUAGGCAAGCAGCUUGGUGAGAAGGCAACAACUGUUGGCGCAAUUAUUAGAAAAUGGAAGAAGUUCAAGAGGACGGUCAAUCACCCUCGGUCUGGGGCUCCAUGCAAGAUCUCACCUCGUGGGGCAUCAAUGAUCGUGAGGAAGGUGAGGGAUCAGCCCAGAACUACACGGCAGGACCUGGUCAAUGACCUGAAGAGAGCUGGGACCACAGUCUCAAAGAAAACCAUUAGUAACACACUACGCCGUCAUGGAUUAAAAUCCUGCAGCGCACGCAAGGUCCCCCUGCUCAAGCCAGCGCAUGUCCAGGCCCAUCUGAAGUUUGCCAAUGACCAUCUGGAUGAUCCAGAGGAGGAAUGGGAGAAGGUCAUGUGGUCUGAUGAGACAAAAAUAUACAUUUACAUUUUAGUCAUUUAGCAGACGCUCUUAUCCAGAGCGACUUACAGUUAGUGAAUACAUUCUUAUUUUAUUUUUUAUACUGGCCCCCCGUGGGAAUCGAAACAACAACCCUGGCGUUGCAAACGCCAUGCUCUAUCAACUGAGCUACAUCCCUGCCGGCCAUUCCCUCCCCUACCCUGGACGACGCUGGGCCAAUUGUGCGCCGCCCAUGAGUCUCCCGGUCGCGGCCGGCUGCGACAGAGCCUGGAUUCGAACCAGGAUCUCUAGUGGCACAGUUAGCACUGCGAUGCAGUGCCUUAGACCACUGCGCCACUCAGGAGUUAGCUUUUUGGUCUAAACUCCACUCGCCUUGUUUGGAGGAAGAAGAAGGAUGAGUACAACCCCAAGAACACCAUCCCAACCGUGAAGCAUGGAGGUGGAAACAUCAUUCUUUGGGGAUGCUUUUCUGCAAAGGGGACAGGACGACUGCACCACAUUGAGGGGAGGAUGGAUGGGGCCAUGUAUCGCGAGAUCUUGGCCAACAACCUCCUUCCCUCAGUAAGAGCAUUGAAGAUGGGUCGUGGCUGGGUCUUCCAGCAUGACAACGAUCCGAAACACACAGCCAGGGCAACUAAGGGUGGCUCCGUAAGAAGCAUCUCAAGGUCCUGGAGUGGCCUAGCCAGUCUCCAGACCUGAACCCAAUAGAAAAUCUUUGGAGGGAGCUGAAAGUCCGUAUUGCCCAGCGACAGCCCCGAAACCUGAAGGAUCUGGAGAAGGUCUGUAUGGAGGAGUGGGCCAAAAUCCCUGCUGCAGUGUGUGCAAACCUGGUCAAGACCUACAGGAAACGUAUGAUCUCUGUAAUUGCAAGCCGGUUUCUGUACCAAAUAUUAAGUUCUGCUUUUCUGAUGUAUCCAAUACUUAUGUCAUGCAAUAAAAUGCAAAUUAAUUACUUAAAAAUCAUACAAUGUGAUUUUCUGGAUUUUUGUUUUAGAUUCCGUCUCUCACAGUUGAAGUGUACCUAUGAUAAAAAUUACAGACCUCUACAUGCUUUGUAAGUAGGAAAACCUGCAAAAUCGGCAGUGUAUCAAAUACUUGUUAUCCCCACUGUAUACCUCUCUGUCAGGCAGAUUUUUAUUUAUUUUUAUUUUACUUUUAUUUAACUAGGCAAGUCAGUUAAGAACAAAUUCUUAUUUACAAUGACGGCCUACACCGGCCAAACCCAGACGACGCUGGGCCAAUUGUGAGCCGCCCUAUGGGACUCCCAAUCACGGCCGGUUGUGAUACAGCCUGGAAUCGAACUGGAGGUCUGUAGUGACGCCUCAGGCACUGAGCUGCAGUGCCUUAGACUGCUGCGCCACUCGGUAGAUAAUAUACCUCUGUGUCAGGCAGAUGGAUAAUAUACCUCUGUGUCAGGCAGAUAGAUAAUAUACCUCUGUGUCAGGCAGAUAGAUAAUAUACCUCUGUGUCAGGCAGAUAGAUAAUAUACCUCUGUGUCAGGCAGAUAGAUAACAGGGGCGGCAGGUAGACUGGCGGGUAGGAGCGUUGGGCCAGUAACCGAAAGGUUGCCGGAUCGAAUCCCAGAGCUGACAAGGUAGAAAUCUGCCAUUCUACCCCUGAGCAAGGCAGUUAACCCACUGUUCCCCGGGCGCUGAUGACGUGGAUGUCGAUUUAAGGCAGCCCCACGCACCUCUCUGAUUCAGAGGGGUUGGGUUUUAAUGCAUUGUUGUACAACUGACUAGGUAUCCAUCUUUCCCUAAUAUAACUCUGUAUCAGGCAGAUGGAUAAUAUACCUCUUUAUCAGGCAGAUGGAUAAUAUACCUCUGCAUUGCAGUUAAUGAAUGUGUAAUGAACAGGAUUGACUCCCACAUCAGGUUAUUCCUCAGCAGACCUGUAUUGUAUGAAUUUAUGCAAAUGUUAGUACCGAAAUAAAACAGUGUAUAAAAAGUAUUUUUUAUAACCUUUGGGGAAAAAAUAUUAGUCAUUUAUUUUAAGGAUGAAGUGUGUCACCAGCAGUGUAAUGAAAAUAGUAAUUAAGGACAAAAAAUAUCAGAUACAUGCCACAUAACCAUACAAUUUUUAGGGCAUUUUAUAUUGCCAUUAAAAAAUAUUGUGCUCUAUGCCCAUUUAAAGAACCUGCAUGUUGUUGUGAUGGCUGACUGGUUGUUGUUAUCUGUGUGUAGUGAUGGGGACAGUCCGCAGUGCAGUGGGCAGUGCCCAGCUCCUCAUAGCCCAGAAGUUCCAGCAGUUCAGAGGACUCUGUGAUGAGAACCUGGUGAGUAGCACUAACCCUACAAAUGCCCUGUUCAUCUGACAUAUUUCAAUGCACCUUUUUCAGUCUCAGCAUGCAAAGGUUGUUGUUUUAGAGCUCCCCCUGGUGUCAAAAUACAUGCAUACCAAAGGGAGGCAUACUUUAUCUAAGCAAUGAUACAACACACACCAUCCAUCUCUGUAACGAAUGGCUAAUAUUGGUGUUAAAUCUGUAUUUUUACUGUUUCACUUCCUGAAAGUGAGCCAAGGCUGGAAAGGACUGAAUAAUGUUAUGUAAUGUCAGUGUGUCUAGACAAGCCAACCAGCACUGUCCUUCCUGUCACAUCCUGUCUGUUAGAAUGUGAACGCCAACCCUCGGCCCACAGCCCAGGAUCUGGCGGGGUUCUGGGACCUACUGCAGCUCUCUGUAGAGGACAUCAGUGUCAAGUUUGACGAGCUCUGGCAACUCAAGGCCAACAACUGGCAGCUGCCAGAGAAGAAGGUAUCGGAAUCGCACCACAUUUCACCUCAAUAGAUCCUGAUUACUUGUGUUAUUAUCAUCCAAACAGAUUCUUUUUUUUAUUCAACUUUCUAUUUAAUAAAACAAAAGACACAUGGGUUUGCAUCCAACAAUUCCCACAUUUCUCUUCAUCCUAAUCUCUCUCUCAUUCUCAGGAGGAGAAGAAGCCUGUGCCCCCCUCUGUGCCAAAGAAGAUGUCCAAGCCCAAGCUGACCCCUGGGAAAGACCGGAGCGUGGACUCUGUGGUGGACAAGCAGCGGCAGGAGGCCAGGAAACGCCUGAUGGCGGCCAAACGCGCGGCGUCAGUACGACAGAACUCUGCCACGGAAAGCUCAGACAGCAUUGAGAUUUACGUCCCCGAGGCCCAGACACGCCUCUGAGAACAGACCGCCACCGGCACCCUGCUCCCCCAUGAAGGAACAGCGCCUCUCACUCACAUAUACACACACACACACUCU